AUCUGUCCGUUAUCGACUGCCACGGAGAAAUAUCGGAUAUCGGAUAUGUGGCAGUCCGGGGUCCGGGUCGUUGCCAGCUGUGGUUGCAAGUUCUAAACUGCUGAUACGCACAAAUAGCACAAGCCUAAAGUGUUAAACCUAACGUUAUUGAUAUUUUCAAUUUUCAGUUAUCGUUAUUAUAAAAAUUAGAAGUUAAUGGAGUGGACCAGACAAAUUACGAGUGAAUUUAUUGAGUUGUAUAAAGAAAAAAUUUGUUUAUGGAAAGUGAAAGAUGAAAGUUAUCUUAAUAGACAUUUAAAAAGGCUAGCUUAUGAGGACCUGGUUAAUUUUUUAAAAAGUAAGAAUUUUACAAAUAUAACGGUGAAAGACGUUAAAACUAAAAUUCAAAAUCUAAGAAGUGCGUUUCGAAAGGAAAGUAAAAAAAUUGAAGACAGCAAUAGAAGUGGAUCGGGUGUAGACAAUAUUUAUUCCCCUAGUUUAUGGUAUUAUAAUUUGCUACUUUUUACAAAAGACCAAGACAUCCCUCUACCCUUAUUAGAUAAUGCUGUAUCUCCAACUUCAGAAGGAGAAAUUGUAGAAGUCUUGAUCGAUACAAGUGCAGAUGUAUCUAGAAAUAUGUUAAACUCACCGGAAUUUAAGCAGCGGGAAUUUUUUGCUGAAAGUAGAAAGCGAAAAAUAUCAUGCGACUCAGACUUAACAAACUUUAUGAAAGCAUGUACAACAACAUUAUCCACUCCGACUAUACAGGACGAAUAUGAAGCCACAUGUGUAUCUUUUGCGGCAAAAAUGCGAAAAAUGGAUACACGACAACAAAUUUUGGCGGAGUCACUGAUGCAUAGAGUUAUAACACAAGGUUUGCUGAAGAAACUAAACGAACAUAUUGACAUCGUAGAUGUACGAGAAUUUCGACAGCAUUCUUCUAUACCAUCUAAAACAGAAUUGUGGGAGCAAAGUGAUAAAGUUGUCCACACACCGAUGGCAUCCCCUACUGGCGUGUUAUCAUCUACAUCAACAAGUGCCGAAAUUACUGCACUGCCAAAUACAGAUCAUUAAAAUUCAUUAACUCAAAAUUCUGACAUGGCCUAAAAGUAGAUGUAGAUUUUUUUAGUUUUUGUUUAUUUAAUUUUUGUUCAUAUUAAAUAGGUUUUUGAUUAA